AGCACAAACAAAAUGAACUUAUACUUUUGCGGCUGCCACAAGCUUCUGAGGAAUAGCAUCAACAUGUCCUACUACAAUAUCUUCUUCUUCAUCUUCUUCUUCUUCUGCUGUCUCAUCACAGUUUCCAUGGCGGAUGAUCAUGAUCAAGUAGCAGUACUGCAGCAGCAAAACCCGUUACACCAGAUACUCUCCAGCCGAAAGGAUCUGGUGCAGAUUGCUGGAUACGGAGAAGAGAAGCUUUCUACGGUACUAAUUACUGGCUCCGUCCAUUGUGAAGAGGCUUGUAGUCUUUCUGAUGACCAUGAACAUCAAGCUCAUCAGCUUCAUCUUCAUGCAUGGCCUGUAUCAGGUGCCGUGGUGUCUGUGAAUUGCCGUGUGGGUGGGAGAAAAAGGAAAUCAAGUCGGUCACAAGGUGUUACAGAUGAAUAUGGAGAUUUCAUGAUUGAUCUACCUUCCGAUCUACAUGCGGUUCCCAACUUGGACAAACUAUGUUGCGCCAGAGUAAUUCGUGUACCAAAGAACACACAGUGCAAAGCAGCAUUUGUAAAGAGGCACAAGGGGCUAAAAUUAUCAUCAGUUGGUAAUGGUAUUAGAACCUACAGCACUGGAAGGAUAAGAUUCCAGAAUUUGACUCCUAAGCCUUCACAAUCAUGCAUUGAGAAAGCAAGCAACAACAAACAGAUGUAAACCCAUUCUUAGUAACUAAAGAGACAGCUCAUCUGGAAGGCGCUUCAGUCACAGCAUUGAGAUACAGUGGUUCGAAUUCUAUUGAGAGAGAGUGGUAAGAAUUCUACUUACCACAUGUAUAUAGCUGAAAGUGUGAUCAUCAUGUGUGUAUACCUAUAUAAAUUCAUAGCAUGACAGAGAUCAUGCAUGUAAACAUUACAAAACCUCAUAUUUGGUUGUAUAGACUACAGCUUUGGGCCAUGAAUUAAUACCAUAUAAGUUUUGCAAUA